AUGAUGGACUUCUUGGAGAAUGAAUCCCCGCCACAAGAAGAUUGCUACAAAUUGUCCAAAUGGCAGGGCAAUGCGAUCGCUGGAGUUGACUGUGGCCAGGAUGGUCACGUGGUUUUCUAUCCUACAGGGCACGUACUGCAGCAAGCGUGUGCAUGGUACAGCAGAGGCGAAUUAGAGGACGACCCACCGUGCUCAAGCACUGUGAUUGAGACUGGCUCUCCUAUUCGACAAUUUAUAGUGAUGGGAAGCAGAGAUGCAUACCAUUCGACGAGUACGGCAAAGAUACUUGCGGCUGCACGUGGCCACACGCACUGCACAAUUAUCGCUGCUCCGUCUCGUGUUACACGUGACAACGUUUGGAAGAUACAAGCCAAAGUUAAGCUCUCUUUGCCGGGGGUUAUCAAGCAUAUAACUGGAAGUCCACAUGCAGAAGCGGAGUUGGCCGUGGUUACGGUCGAUGGUACGGUUCGACGCUGGGAUCCAGAGGGAGGGGUUCAAACUGUCAAAAAAGACUUGUAUGUGUCGGACCGCGUUCUACGCUGCGAAUACUCCAGUCACCCGUGCGUUCUUUGGGCAGCAAAUCGAACUGCACUGUCAGUUUUAGAUCUUCGACAGCCAGCCCAACACGCGACCAAGCUGUUUGAUGUGGCAGGUGCAGGCACCUUCAUUUCCAUUUAUGACUUUGUUGUUGGCACGGGCGUCUCCAUUGAACUUCUCGAUAGUCGAAUGGCAAGGCAACCUCUAAUGUCAUGGACCCAACCGCAGAGCUAUUCUGGCAAACAAGAGUUCUCGUUUGGAGCGAUUGACGAAGUGGAUUUGUCAAGUAGCUCCAACGAUUCACGAGGAUACAUCGUAUCAAGCUUGAAAAGAGCGAAAGUGACGACACUUUUCCCGUUCGAGCGAAAUCGAAAGAGAAAACGCAGUAAAGUGAUAUCACUGACUCCGUUACGCUCCAACGGGGAUGAAGACGAGUAUUCAGAUAUUUCUCGAUCAAGCACAGAGCAACUUGUUGCGUCAGAUGCAACAUUGGAUUUACGUAUGGAAGAUGGCGGAGAAUAUACCCAUUUAACGGGCAUUUGCGCAUUGCGUAACGAGAACUCUGGAUCUGCGAGUAUUUACCAGCUCAAUAGUCCGGGGGAUUUGUUUUCUCAUCAAGUAUCAUCCUCUCGUUCUCAGACCAAGUCAUACCGCACCGCUGUCCAGUCCAAUGACAGCACAGGAUGA